CCUAGUUGACUUCGCACAAACUUCUCGCGUCAGCUUCCAGAAACUCUGCCAGUGUUUCGGUUGUAUUUGUUCGAGAUUAGCAAUAACAUGGACGCCAUACGGGAACGGUAAAGAUAAUAUCAAGGUCCAAGCUUCGAUCUGAAUCCCUGGUAAUAAUGGAGACCGAGUUUGGAGCGAAUUCAGGUGCCUUCAUCCCGAGCCCCCAUAGUGACGCCGUGGCCAAUGAGCUGCAAGAGAUGUCCCUGCAGCCCGCCCCCAACCUGCUGCCAGUCAGAGAGAGGAAAGACGUUCUGCAGCUGAAGCUCCAACAGAGAAGAUCCAGAGAAGAGUUGAUCAACCAGGGGAUCAUGCCGCCCCUGAAAAGUUCAGCUGCCUUCCACGAACAGAGACGCAGUUUGGAGCGAGCGCGGACUGAGGAUUAUCUGAAGAGGAAGAUCAGAGCCCGACCUGAGCGCGCCGAGCUGAUCCGGAUGCACAUCCUGGAGGAGUUGUCAGCGGAGCCGUCUCUUCAGGCCAAGCAGAUGCAGCUGAAGAGAGCUCGCCUGGCCGAUGAUUUGAACGAUAAGAUCUCCCACCGGCCGGGGCCCAUGGAGCUCAUCCACAAAAACAUCCUGCCUGUUCACUCCAGCAUCAAACAGGCCAUCAUAGAGACACGGUUUCCAAAGGCUUCGGGUGAUAACUCGUCAUGUGAUGAGGACAGCAGUUACAGUCUGUCUCCAGAAGAGCCUCUGAGCCAGGAGUCUCCUCUGGGUCUGCAUCCUCUGCCCUCUCCCCCAGAAACACUGAGCUGCAUCCCGUCUCCUGCACAGGUCUGUACUCCUGCUCCUGCUCUCCCGCCAAUCUCUGGAUCCUCCCCCUCAUUCAAGCUGACCAAUGGGACGGCGGCAUUAUCCGCACAUAGGACAGGGGCGCCCUCACAUAUCAAGUCCCAUCACAAACCAAGCUCUGACCGCUCUGCACAGAGACACAAGAAACCAAAGGACAGCAAGCCAAAGAUUAAAAAGUUAAAGUACCAUCAGUACAUCCCUCCCGACCAGAAGGGAGAUAAAGAGCCUCCCCCCCAUCUGGACUCUUCUUACGCCAAAAUCCUGCAGCAGCAGCAGCUCUUCCUGCAGCUGCAGAUCCUGAGUCAGCAGCAGCAGCACUACAACUACCACGCCAUCCUGCCCGCACCCCCCAAACCUCAGACAGAUCAGCAGCCAUCUUCCUCUUCCUCCUCCAGUUCAAUGACCUCCUCCCCUCCUCGACCUGUCGCUGCCUCCUCAACAGCCGCUAACCAGUCCCGUCAGACUUCUGCUCCGUUAACUGGGACAAAACCAGCGUGCCUACCUCCAAACCUGGAUGAAAUGAAGGUGGCGGAGCUGAAGUCCGAGUUGAAGCUGCGCAGCCUCACAGUCUCCGGCACCAAAAACGACCUGAUCGAGAGGCUGAGGAGCUACCAGGAGCUGAAGGGAAGCUCCGACACUUCCUCCUCUCCGACAGCAGGGGGUCCCACAGGGCCGGGGGCUGGAGGAGCAGCUAGAGCCUUCAGAUCGGCUGCAAACAACAACAACACAUCACAACAACAGUUUCAGUUUCAGAGCCAUCAGAUGUCCGCUCUGAUCGCCGAUAUGCCUCUGCAGCAACUGUCCCUCGGUGGAUCCGUCUCCCCCCAAAACGACCCCCUCACGCCCUCUGACCUCUCCCCCAUGAGUCCAGAUACCGGCUUUAACAGCGACCCCCUGGGGGAAAUGAUGAGUUCACCUCUCAGCCCGGUGAAUCUUCAGCCAUGUUCAGCUGCUCCUCUGGCUACACACAUUAAAGAAGAACCAAUGUGUUCCCCUCCAGCCCCCUGUCAGUUCUCUUUAAAGCCGGCCUCUCUGCGGACACAUUGCCCGAUCACCGCCCCGGCUCCAGCGGUGGAUCUGGACAAAGACCGGCUGCUGCACGAGAAGGACCGGCAGAUCGAGGAUCUGACGCGGCUGCUGAGGCAGAACCAGCGUCUGGUGGAGCUGCUGAGGCUGCAGCUGGAGCACCGCAGCAGGGAGGGAGCCGAGCCGCUGGUUCUGGUACGAGUUAAACAAGAACCUCCUGAUAAACCCAGCGUCCCUCUCUCUUUCCGCCAUACACCGUCACCUCUUUCACGUGAGAUGGUAACUGUCAAACAGGAGGCCACUGAUUCAGAGGAGAGUGAGACAACCACACAAUUACCAGAAAGAACUCAGGAGGCGCAAAUCAAACCGCAACAGAUGAACACUCAGACUAAACCACUUCUGCAGCAAAGCACUCUGCAGCUGGCCCAGCAGCAGGCCGUACAGCAGCUGUUGCUCCAGCAGCAGCGCAACAUUCAGAACCAGCAGCAGCUCAUCCAGAACCGCAGUCAGACGGCGGAGAACCUGCAGAAAGUUUCUCAGCAGAGGAAGAAGAAAUCUCACAAGCAGCAGAUCAAACAGCAGCAGCAGCAGCAGCAUGUGUUGCAGUCACAACAACAACAACAACAGCAGUCAAAACAACUUCAUCACCAGCAGCAGCAGCAGCAGCUGAAGCAGCAGAUUCUGCUGAAGCAGCAGAAGACGUUGCUACAGCAACAGCAGAGCAAACAGCUGCAACAGAUCCAGACCAAGAUCCAUGUGAAGCAACGACAGGCAGCUCAGGUGUCUCAGCAGCCAGGCUCAGCGCCCUCUUUCCCUCUGGAUCUCUUCAAGGGUGACUCCACCCCCACUCUGGUCACCGACGGCAACGGCAACCACUUCCUGAUUGCACUGACCAAUCACAUCGCUGAAAAUCAAAGAACUGAUGCAUCUGAGAGCAAAGCAACCAAUCAUAUCGCACUGCAGCGACUACAGUCCACUCCAGCCAAGCUCCCUAGCCACAACGCUGUUCAGCAGACAAACGCUGAAAAUCAUUGCCAACAGAAUGUGGGAUUUUUAAAACAGCAAGAGACAAAGAAUGGGGGACCUCAGGAGUCUGUAGUCCAUCAGCAGGACGUUUCUCAGUGUCUGUCUGCCCCCCCCAGCCUGCAGCCUUUCUUUAAGGACCAGGAGAGUUCUCCUUCAGGGAAAUACUCACCUCCUUCUCAAACCGAGUUGUGUCCCAGUCUGGAUGUCUUGUUCAGUCCUCUGUCUCCAGCUUCAAUUUGGACCACUGCCUCAUCGCCUGAUAACAAAGAUACAGAGCCUGAAGAGGAUUUUAUUGACAUCAUUUUGCAGACAGGAGAAAUGUCGACCACCGACAAACCAGCACCAGACUUUUCUCCCCACCAUGUUCACCCACACUCCCCUCGGCCUCCCUCCCCUCUCCACCUGCUGCUCUCCCCCCCUGCCCCAGCCAUCUGUGACACCUUGCAGUCUGAGCUCCAGGCCUUUGACGACACCACAGAAGAAAAACAACACCUCGGUAGCGCUGGGAAUGGCCGCCUGGAGGACUUCCUGGAAAGCACCACUGGGAAGCCUCUCCUGGGGGGGGAGCCUGGGGGUCUGCUGACUCUGAUCGAUGACCUCCACAGUCACAUGCUGUGCACCCCCAGCAUCCUGGACCGCCCCCUGUCGCCCCUGGAUACCUUCGACAUGGCAGCGGAGGGGGAGUCGGGGCUGGACUGCAUGGAUUGGUUGGACCUUACCAUGGGAAGAGAGAGGGAGGAGGAGACCCCCACUCUGGCCCCUCUUGGCCCACAGACACCACCAAGUGUCUUUUGUGCCGACUUCCUAGACACCUAUGACCUAAUUUAGUCACUUGUUAGCAAACUGCUGUUUUAAAGGUCACCUAUUAUGCAAAAUCCACUUGUUCAUGUCUCUUCUACAUCAACAUGUGUCCCCUCUGUGGAAAGAGACUCUGAAAGUUUCAGGAAC